AAAAAAAGAUAAAAAGAAAAGAGGGGAAGGAGUAAAACUCUAAAUUGAGCUUGCUUCUUCCGGAGUUUAAUGUUGUUUUGCUGCUUCGUCACAAUUUUUCAGAGAUUCAAUCGUGGCCUCUCACUCUCGCUCGAUUUUCGUAGGGUUUUUGAUCCGUUCCGGCAGAGAAAUCGAGCUGCGGAGGGUUGAGGUUUCUUCAUGUUAGGGUUUUGCUCGUUUGGAGGCGUUUCCACUGUGUCUCUCUCUUCCGGGUUUAGGGUUUGAGACGAAAGCAUCAGCCGAGUGAUCAGCACUGCGAGAGUUAGAAAAGUUUUGGAAAUCCUUUGAAGUUCCUUUUGCUGUAGAGGUUUUGUUUGUUAAGAGUUUUUUAAAAUAAGACAUGGCAUCGUACAGGCCAUAUCCUUCGCAAUCAUCUUUCGGCGGUCCACAGCCACCGCCUUUGCCACAUGCACAGCCGCCGCCGCCGCCACCGCCUCGUGGAACUCAAUAUUCUCAAAACUGGGGGUAUAGCAGCGGAGAUGGAUCUGUGCCACCAGGUCCUCCGCCACCACCUCCUUCUUCUUCUUCCUCUUCUUCUUUUCCCCAGAGUUAUAAUCAGAUGCACCACCCGAAUUCAAAUUUCCACCAUGGCGCCUACGGUUCAUCAUCGUCUUAUGCUCCGGCACCUCCGCAUCAUCAGCAGUACUCCUACCGGCCCCCGCCACCUCCGCCGCCGGAAUCUUCAUACCCACCUCCACCACCACAACCAUCAGUGUCCCAAAAUCCAAUUAGCUUGCAACAACCCCAGCCUCCUGCAGCUCCUAUGUAUUACUCAUCAUCUACACAGUAUUCUCAAUUUAGUCAUCAGCCAUUGCAACCUCCAUUACAACCACCACCCCCACCACCCCCUCCUCCAUCACCGCCUCCAAGUUCUUCCAUUCCUCCACCACCGCCUCUGUCUCCACCGCCAGUUCCCCCACCGAGUAAGGACCGUGGUCUGGAUGGUGGUCGAUUUCAUGAUCGUGAUAAAGGGACAGCACCAAAGGACUUGAUGGCAGGUUCUUCAAGGCGUGAACCAGGACCCUCCAAUCAUGGGAUUUUCCCCCUUAAACAGAACAAGGCUCCUCCAGUUCCACCAGUGCCAGCUAAGAAAUCUAACGGGCCACCAGGUAGGGUUGAGACAGAGGAAGAAAGGAGGUUGAGGAAGAAGAGGGAGUUUGAGAAGCAGAGGCAAGAAGAGAAGCAUAGGCAGCAGUUGAAGGAAUCUCAAAACACAGUGCUACAAAAGACCCAAAUGCUGUCGUCUGGUAUGAAGGGGCAUGGAUCAAUUGUGGGGUCACGCAUGGGAGAGAGGAGGGCUACUCCAUUUUUGAGUGGUGACAGAAUCGAAAACCGGUUGAAGAAGCCGACAACGUUUUUGUGCAAGAUGAAAUUCCGGAAUGAACUGCCAGAUCCAACUGCACAACCAAAGCUUAUGACUUUGAAGACAGAUAAGGAUCGAUUUGCAAGAUACACAAUCACAUCGUUGGAAAAAAUGCACAAGCCUCAACUAUUUGUCGAGCCAGAUCUUGGGAUACCUCUUGACCUGCUCGAUCUCAGUGUGUACAAUCCCCACAGUGUUAGACCACCACUUGCUCCUGAAGAUGAGGAAUUGUUGCGUGAUGAUGAGUCAAUAACCCCUGUAAAAACAAAUUCCAUAAAACGAAAAGAGCGGCCUACAGAUAAAGGUGUUUCUUGGCUGGUUAAAACACAAUACAUCUCUCCACUCAGCAUGGAAGCUGCAAAGCAGUCUCUGACUGAAAAGCAAGCAAAAGAAUUGCGAGAAACAAGGGGAGGUCAAAAUAUUUUGGAGAACUUUAAUAGUAGGGAAAGAAAAAUCCAGGCCAUUGAGGCAUCAUUUGUGGCAAGCAAAUCACGACCAGUUCAUUCAACAAAUAGUAAAUUGCAGCCUGUUGAGAUUCUGCCGUUGUUUCCUGAUUUUGACAGGUUUGAGGAGCAAUUUAUUGUUGCAGCAUUUGAUAGUGCUCCUACAGCUGAUUCAGAAAUCUAUAGCAAGAUUGACAAACCUAUUCGCGAUGCACAUGAAGGAAAGGCCAUUAUGAAAAGUUUUGUGGCAACAGGCUCAGACCCAGAUAAGCCAGAGAAAUUCUUGGCAUACAUGGUUCCUUCACUGAACGAGCUGUCAAAGGAUUUGUAUGAUGAAAGCGAAGACAUCUCAUUUUCAUGGGUUCGCGAGUACCACUGGGAUGUAAAGGGUGACGAUGCAGAUGACCGUGCAACAUACCUGCUUUCAUUAGAGGAUGGUGAAGCACGUUAUGUGCCACUUUCCACAAAGCUUAUUUUAAGGAAAAAGAGGGCUAAAGAGGGGAGAUCUAGUGAUGAGGUUGAACAUUAUCCUGCACCUGCAAGUGUGACAGUAAGACAGAGACCAACGGUUUCAGCUAUUGAACUGAAGGAUUCAGGGGUAUCUUCUAGUUCCAAGGGGAGUGUGGUGCAUUUGAAAAGGGAGGGAGUAGACAUUGAAGAUGGCCUAGGGACACCGCAAAAGGUUGCACGAAUGCAAGACAUGGAUCAAUCCAGUGGUGCUGAAGAUGACAUGUCUUAUUAAUUAAUUGUUGUUGCUGGUGAAGUGGAAAUAAUUGAUCUAGAUGCUGCAAUGCCUCAGGGUAUGUCAUUUGUUACUGAAAUUGUAUUACUCAUUCUAACUGCUGUAAAUGCAUGUCUAUGGAUUUUAGAUGCUUUAAGAGAUACAUUUCUUCCAUUAAUGAUGCAGGAAUCCCCCCUCCCCCACCCCUUGCAUGAGAGAGAGAGAGAGAGAGAGAGAGAGAGAGAGAGAGAGGAAAAAAUAAGAGAAGGGAUUUCUAAGAGAGUUGGGCGUCAUAGCGAUGCUGUUGCAAUUCCCCAGCAAGCAGUUAUUAAGUUUAUUUUUGUUUUUCAAUUCAACAUUCACUCCUUUUCCUUGCCCUCUCUUUUUCUUUCACUUUUUUGUAUAUUCCAUUUGUGCUUGGUUAUAUGGUUCUUGACCCAUUUGUGCAGUCCUUUCAUUAUUUGUCUGCUUGAUGGAAUUCUGUGUUAGGUUCCCGUGUUUAUCUUUCAUUAUUGAAAGUGUCUUCUACCACCAACUUGCCCUCAAUUUGAAGACACCGAGCACAACUUUGGUGGGUUGCAAUGGUUUGUUCAGCAGUACCGAGCGUCAGCCCCCAGCUUGCAUCGUAUAUUAUGUCUGCCGACCAAAAUUUCCCAAAAUCUUCAAAACCAAACCAUGAAUUAAUCCAACUAAACUAGCACGAGAAUUGUAAACGUUAAGCCAAUAGUUUCUUGCAAUCUCUUGGAAAUAUAACACUCGAGUACUAGUACAAUUAAUAUAGCUCAAAAUAUUCCGAAGGGAUGGAAGGGUACGUGCGUUUUGAUCAGAUGGACGGGCUUCAUGGCUGGAUUAUCCAGAAUGAUGUUAUGGGCAAUGUCAAUAAUUUGGUCUACUUGGUUAGGCAGGGUGACGUCAAUGCACUAUUUGUAUUUGAGUUGAGAUUCUAUAUGGCUCGUCAUUUGUGUUCUGGUAGUGGCAUUUUAAAUUAGUCUCUGGACGUUGUGUAGUCAAUGUUGGUGUAAUGUAUCUUUAUUACUUCAUUCAUAAAUUUGAUUACAUUUUUUUUUUCAAACA